AUGGAGGACGUACAUGACAGUAGCAUUACCGAUGGCCGGGCAUCGCUGAGCGCAGUCGGCCCCAAGAUAAAUGUGAUGGGCAGUCCGAGCACACUUGCGACCGAGACCACUCUGGGACCGAGCGAGCCGGUGUUCAAAGAGUUUUCCCAGGAGGAAGACGAAAAGCUGCUUGCAGACUAUCUACCGUUGUUUGGCAACCAGCAGCAAGUGGCUCACCGCGUGUUCCACUGGGAGAUCGACAGCUGGGCUGGCCUUUCCAGCACCGCGCACAGCCCGCCAUUUAUGAUUGCCCAGAACAAGUUCCAGAUACACCUGGAGCCAAACACGGCCGAGCCGCACACACUGUUCCGUCUAGCCUGCGAGCCAGCAGACAAUGACGAGCUCUGCGUAUACUAUUGUCUGGCAAUUUCCAAUGCCGAGUGUCCAGAGGUCUGCUGGAAGCGAGCCAUCCAGCACAGAUACAUGGCAGAGACAAUGGCGCAGGGCUCGCAAGAGAUCGUAGAACACAGCCUGCUGACUGACGCAAUGCCGGACUAUGGACGCCCGGUGAUUGAAAACGACUACGUCCGAAUUAGCGUCUACAUCCGAAUCAUCAAGGACAGGGCGACAGAGCCGGAGCCGGAGUCGGAGCCCAUGCCAGCAAGACAGUACCAGCGCACGCAGGCCGUUCGCAAAAGCAUCAUGCGCACGAAGCAUAUCAACUCAGUGUACAGUCCGCCGCACCCGCCACCACCGCAGAUGAUCCGCGUGCGCAUUAUCACCGACCAGCACACGCGCGACCACCAGGAGUUCGACAUUUUCGACUUUGAUUCCCCGGACGGCUUCGAGAUGCUGCUGCCGCGCACGCACCAAGUCUCGGAGCUUCUGGACACGUACAGGAGCCGCACAGAGGCCGUGGGCCAGAUGGAUCUGUGGAUCCUGAACCGGCGAGACACCGGCACGUUGCGCUGCAGCCACCCGAUAGAGGUAUCUGCUGAGGCCACCCUGGGCGACCUGGUCGACAUGCACUCGUUCAGCUCAGACCUCGCCUACUUUUACUGCGAGCGCCACACCCCCGGCCUUGCCAAGCCCGGCCUGACCAACCUCAUCCAUAUUAAAUUCUACGACGCUGCCGCAGACAAAAUGGUCGGCCUGGGCCAUCUCCGGCUGUCGUUUUUCAAAAAAACUGCGGCUCAUGUUCCCCGAGCUCUGCAAGAUCGCCAAGCUGCCGCACGGCACCCAGCUGCUGCUGUUCGAGGAGGUCAGGCCGGGCGAGAUCAGGAAGCUCGAUAG